ACUCAUUUCUCUUGAUAAUUAUUUUAGUUAAUCAUGAACAAUGGAAUAAUUUGGUCUUUUUCUUCAAUCACAAUUUUACUGUCUCUAGGAAAGUCUAAAACGUUCCUUGUGGAAACAAUAGAUGACCAACCUGGAGGGCAUAAAGGAGGAGUAAAUGGAGACGACUACAGCCUACCACUAUUGUAUGAGGGUGCGGACUGGGAGGAGCAAGUCCCUUGUGAAGAACGUAAAGACACUUUCCUAUGUCCUGGUGAUUGGAUUUGCAAGAAACAUACAUGCAUAAACGAAGCAUUUGGUAAACCAUGGGAAGUCAGAGAUAUUCCUUGUGCUGAGCGAACUGGGGAAUUUGAAGUCCUGAAUAUACAACAUGUGACAACAACUACUGUGCUCAUAAAGACUGCAAAGCCCAUGACGAUUGUCCUGGGGAAAUUAAUUGUUGGCAUGGAUUUUGCGCCCAGGGUGCAACAAAAGAUGAUGACCCAACACCUUUUGAGGAAUUAUAUAGUGAUGCAGAAGAUGCCUCUACUACUCUGGCACCAGUGAACUGGGGACAUGAUAAAUGCGAGACAGAUUCAGACUGUCCUAAGCCUUAUAAUACAUGUUCGAUACCAAAAGUGGGUCAUGGGAUUUGUGGGCUAAUACUUGUUUAGGUAGAUUUGGAAGCAAUGCAGUUGAAUAUAGCCAACCUUAUAAAAUUUGGUGAUGGUAAUGGACCAAACCUCUGUAGAGUAAAAAAAAGUAGAUAUUAGGUCCACAUUUAUUGAAAAAAUAUUUCGAUCUGGGUUGACCGUCGUCAGUUUAAACGAUAUAAUAAUAUGGCCAACCUGUUGUAAUAGUAAUCAUUGCAUUGUCUUCAAAACUUGAAAAAUAAAUUUAAACAUAUAUUUUAUGAAACUAA